ACUCUCGAAAGGCUGAAAGCAGAUCUCUCCCGCUCCAGAAAGUAUUCCACUCCCGUAGUGGCGAAGUGCUCUGUGCUCUCAAUGCUUACUGCUCGCCCAUCGUCGCUCAGUAUGUUCUCCUAGCAUCCACACCUGAUUCUCAUGUCUAUUCCGCUUCCCAAAACCCUAAUCUCCACCUUUCCUCCAAACCUCUUACCCCGUUUCUGUCCUUCCCCUGUAGCUCUCCGCAAGGCCACCCCCCUUCUUCGAGCCAUGAGCUAUGCACCUUCCGAGCGCAUGUUUCAGCUCAAGCUCGAUCCACUCACUGGUACCUCCGAAUGGGUCGUCAUCGAAGAGGACGAAGUUUCCAACACUUCUUCGGAGCCCCUUUUGGCCACCACCUCGUACCUUGACAUGCUUAACGAUUCCCGCAGGAACAGAGCCUUCCGCCAAGCCAUUUACAAGACUGUAACGAAACCCUGCCAUGUUCUUGAUAUUGGUGCCGGAACUGGAUUGCUAUCAAUGAUGGCUGCACGUGCAAUGGGCUUCGGUGACUCGAAUGUGAGUUCUUCUACAGAGGGAAUGGUGACUGCAUGCGAGUCUUACCUUCCAAUGGUGAAAUUGAUGCGGAAAGUUCUGCGUCGCAACGGAAUGGAGAGAAAAAUAAAGGUCAUUAACAAGCGGUCUGAUGAUCUCAAACUUGGUGUUGAUAUCACUUCGCGCGCGGAUGUUCUUGUUAGUGAGAUACUGGACUCAGCAUUAUUGGGUGAGGGUCUAAUACCGACUUUACAACAUGCACAUGACAUGCUGCUGGUGGAAAAUCCACAAACAGUGCCUUAUCGAGCAACUACCUAUGGCCAGCUGGUUGAAAGUACAUUCUUGUGGAAUCUGCAUGAUUUAUAUAAUAAUGAGGCAAAAGCAUUGGAUGACAUCCAUCUUGUUCCAACUUGUUUGGAGACUAUUUUACGUGUCAAGCCUCAACAAUAUGCCAUGCAUUGUGAUGCAAUAAGAGAUAUAAAAUUGCUGUCAGACCCCUUCAAAAUUUUUGAAUUUGACUUUUGGAAACGGCCAGACAAUUAUGGGGAAACUGAGCUACUUGUGAAGACAACUAGUGAUGGUAGAGUUCACGCUCUUAUUUCGUGGUGGAUUCUUCAGCUUGAUAGUGAAGGGACAAUAUUUUAUACAACUGCUCCUAAAUGGACAAGCUUGCCAUUCAAUAUAGGAGAUCUACAUACACCAUUACCUAGUGCUGGUGAUUGGUGUGACCAUUGGAAGCAGUGUGUUUGGUUCUUUCCUGGGAAAGGUCUGUUUGUAUCUAAGGAUGAAGAGGUUCAUUUGCACGCUGUUCAUAAUGAUACUAGUAUUUCAUAUGAUCUCAAUACUCAAUCCUCAAGAACAGAAAUUGGGCAGUGUGAUUUUAAUGCUGGAGAUUUUCAUCUCACAUUGUUGCCUGAAAGAGUUGCAAUAUAUGGAGACAGUGAAUGGAGAUUUUCUAUAUUUACAGCCAUACAGAAUGCUCUACUGGGAAAAGCUCCCUCUUUAUGUGUUGUUGCAGAUGAUAGCCUUUUCUUGCCAAUUCUCAUUGCACAUCUUUCAAAGUCGGCACAUGUAAUAUCUUUAUCUCCGGGACUCCCUGAGAAGGCUUCCCAAUAUUUUCAAGCUGUUGCUGAUGCAAAUGGUUAUUCCAUGGAUCAAGUGAAAGUUCUUGGCAGGAGAAAAUGCUUGACUCUGCAGGACACCCAUCAGAAGAAGGUUGACCUGUUGAUUGGAGAACCUUUCUAUUGUGGAAAUGAAGGAAUGCUUCCAUGGCAAAAUCUGCAGUUUUGGAAGGAGCGGACAGUGCUAGACCCUUUCCUAUCCAAAGACGUAUCGAUAAUGCCUUGUAAAGGAAUACUGAAGGCUUGUGCCAUGUCUCUUCCGAAUCUCUGGCAAAGUCGUUGCUGUUUGAAAAAGAUUGAAAGUUUCGACCAUUCAGUUGUAAACAGUACUUUGGGGGCAUGUGGCGGUUUACAUGCAUCACAAAUGGGUCCUUGUCUGCCCUUUUUUAUCUGGCAGUGUGGGGAGACUAAGAAACUCAGCGAAAUGUAUACAAUCAUGGAGUUUGAUUUCUUAAAAUUGAUAGGUCCAUGUUCUGGGAAAGCCAAGGUUCAAUUCAAUAAUUCUGGGACUUGCCAUGGUUUUGUGUUUUGGAUAGAUUGGAUGAUGGAUUCAAAGAACUCCAUUGUGAUAUCAACAGGCCCAGAUAAAAAGUAUUGGAAGCAAGGAGUGAAGCUUGUGGCCAACCCUGUUGCUGUAGCUGUCCAUGGUUCAGUAAGUAUAGGCGAAUGUUGUUCAGCUGCAGUUGAAGCCUCCUUCGACCCAUCUAGUGGCGGACUCAAUGUUGAGUAUGAAUUCUCAUGACCUGGAUAUUAUGGUGUCUGCACCUUUAGGUGCCCAACUUGUUUCCAGUUCAUUGGGAGGCCAAAAGGGCCUUCUUCAAUAUAACGGGGUCACCCAUCCCAUAUUGAAAGUCAGACUAAUGAGCUGUUGUGUCUUCCAGGGGACUAUGGUGCCUAGUUUGAUGCAUGCUAGUUUCCCAUCUGAUCUGUUGCGAAUUAUUUCCAUGGAUGAAAGGGCUACGGAUAAAAAUCUUUUAGUGUCUAGUUUAUGGUUUUGUCCCCCCUCCCCAAUUUCUUUAUCCUGUCUCUUGUAUUUUAUUUGGCUUUCGAGCCAUUUGAUAGUUACUGUGUCAUCAUUUGAAGAAUACCAAAUAAGACUUCUGCUGCGCGGGGGGUGGGGGGUGGGGAGGGGAUUGUUGUAAUUCUAUAGGUCAAAUGACUCAUGCGAGUUGAAAUUCAGCACAAAAAUCAAUCAUGGGCUGGCCCGGGCAGACAAUUUAUACAGAAAAGUAGCAUAUUGUUAGUAUGGAAGUAAUGGUUCUUAAUGCUUCUUAUGGCUGCGCUUGGUGUGGGAUUCUUGAGAAUAUGCCUCUCAAAUGUUAAGGUUGACAUAGAACCAAUAGAAAUAUUUGGUGGCAUAUAUGUGGGAUUCCUCAUGAAUGCUUGAUACCCUUCAAAAAUGGGUAUAAGCCAUCCUCUUUUGCAGAUCUGGAAUUUUUCUUCCCCCCAAACCGGGCUUUCAUAUUGAGGCAUUGUUUGGUUUGGGGCAUCAAAAAUAUUUUCCGGAGAUUGACAAUUCUGAGAAUUUUAUUUCCAGGAA